GCGGCGCAGCCCCGCGUUUCAAUGCGCUCCAGUCGCGGUCUCGCUCCUGGCGGGGGCCCCUCGGCCAGAGGUCGCGGCACCUGUAGUGUUGGAAGCGGCACUUGCUCGUUUUAGGUGAACCUGUAGAGGCAUUUCGUUUUAGUAGAGGAGGAUGCGGAGGUCCACGGAAUAAGUGACAGGUGUAGAUAGUGACAAGGCUGGGGCUCGUACUCUCACCCCGGGCAAUGGAGCUUGGGCUCUCUUUGCCGCAGAGAGGGCAUUCCUGAGGGUCGCUCCAGAAAUGGCCAGGGAGCCGGCGGAGCAUUUCUCUUUCCAAAAAGAUGCCCCACUGCGGGUCGGAAAGUCGGAAGCCCGGGAUCACUAGUGUAGGGUGAGAUUGGCUAACUUCAGAGGGGCCAAUACGUUUUUGUUUGGAGGUGUGACAGGUGCCUCAAAGCCUCUUUAGGAAGGCAACCUCCCGACUUCUAGUAAAUUAUCCAGAGCCCUAUCGUUCUCAAAUAUUGGAUUAUCUCUUUAAGCCAAACUUCGGUGCCUCUUUGCAUAUUCUGAAAGUCGAAAUAGGUGGUGAUGGGCAGACAACAGAUGGUACUGAACCCUCCCACAUGCACUAUGCAUUAGAUGAGAAUUAUUUCCGAGGAUAUGAGUGGUGGUUAAUGAAGGAAGCUAAGAAGCGGAACCCUAAUAUUACACUCAUGGGGUUGCCUUGGUCGUUCCCUGGAUGGCUAGGAAAACAUUUCAAUUGGCCUUAUGUGAAUCUUCAGCUGACUGCCUACUAUGUCAUGACCUGGAUUGUGGGCGCGAAGCAUUAUCAUGAUUUGGAUAUUGAUUAUAUUGGGAUUUGGAAUGAGAGGUCAUUUGACAUCAAUUAUAUCAAGGUGUUAAGAAGAAUGUUGAACUAUCAAGGUCUCGAUCGAGUGAAAAUCAUAGCGAGUGACAAUCUCUGGGAGCCUAUUUCUGCUUCUAUGUUGCUUGACUCUGAGCUCAUGGCGGUGAUUGAUGUUAUAGGAGCUCAUUAUCCUGGGACCCAUACAGUAAAGGAUGCAAAGUUGACUAACAAGAAGCUUUGGUCUUCUGAAGAUUUUAGCACUUUAAACAGUGAUGUGGGUGCAGGCUGCUUGGGCCGCAUAUUGAAUCAGAAUUAUAUCAAUGGCUACAUGACUGCCACAAUUGCUUGGAACUUGGUGGCCAGUUACUAUGAACAGUUGCCCUAUGGACGGUGUGGCUUGAUGACUGCUCAGGAGCCAUGGAGCGGGCACUAUGUAGUAGAGUCUCCUAUCUGGGUAUCAGCUCAUACCACUCAGUUUACUCAACCAGGUUGGUAUUACCUGAAGACAGUUGGUCACUUAGAGAAAGGAGGAAGCUACGUGGCCCUGACUGAUGGCCUAGGUAACCUCACCAUCAUCGUUGAAACUAUGAGCCAUAAAUAUUCUACGUGUAUACGGCCGUUUCUGCCUUACUACAAUGUGUCACAUCAGUUUGCUACCUUUGUUCUUAAAGGUUCUUUUAGUGAAAUACCAGAGUUACAUGUGUGGUAUACGAGGCUUGGAAAACCAUCUACGAGAUUUCUUUUUAAACAACUGGAUUCUCUAUGGCUCCUCGACAGCAGGGGCACUUUCACCCUGGAGCUGCGGGAGGACGAGCUCUUCACGCUCACCACUCUCACCACCGGGGGCAAGGGCAGCUACCCGCUGCCUCCGAAGUCCCAGCCCUUCCCAAGAAUUUAUAAAGACGAUUUCGAUGUUGAUUACCCGUUUUUUAGUGAAGCUCCGAAUUUCGCUGAUCAGACUGGUGUCUUUGAAUACUUUACGAAUAUUGAAGACCCUGGAGAGCAUCGCUUCACACUUCGCCAAGUUCUCAAUCAGCGGCCCAUUACUUGGGCUGCUGAUGCGUCCAACACCAUCAGUAUUAUAGGAGAUUACAAAUGGUCCAAUCUGACUGUAACGUGUGAUGUUUACAUAGAGACUCCUGAGAAGGGAGGUGUGUUCAUUGCUGGAAGAGUAAACAAAGGUGGCAUCUUGAUUAGAAGCGCCAGAGGAGUUUUCUUCUGGAUUUUUGCAAAUGGAACCUACAGAGUUACAGGUGAUCUAGCCGGAUGGAUCAUAUAUGCUUUAGGACAUGUUGAUGUUACAGCAAAAAAAUGGUAUACACUCACAUUAAUUAUUAAGGGCCGGCUCUCCUCUGGCAUGCUGAACGGCAGCUACGUCUGGACGAACAUCCCUGUGAGUUUCCCGAAGAACGGCUGGGCCGCCAUUGGAACGCGCUCCUUUGAAUUUGCGCAGUUUGACAACUUUCGUGUGGAAGCCACAAGCUGAUGUUCACGGAGCACCACAGAACCACUCUUUGGAUUUUCUUUCUUUCGUUUUGGUUUUGGUUGGGAGCCAAUUCUUUUGAUGGAUCAAUACAGGAGCCUCUUGGAGGCUAACAGUAGUGAAGAGAAAAUGGGGAGACAAAUACAUGUUUGCUUGAUCUCCCGGAAGGUAUUUUUAGAACUAGUGCCCAGGGGAGGCUGAUGAAUCUUGCACAUGCCCGGAUACGUCCCCUACGAUUCCAGCUGUGCAGCGGUGCUGUUGUGCGGAGCGGCUCGGGUGCCUCACGGCAGCCAUGGCUCUGACGCCGCGGGGCCGCUGUCUGCGGCGCGGGGCACCGUGCGGACGCGCCCCUGGAUCGUCGCGGAGACGGCCCUGUGUCUGAGCGAUGGCCUCGUCCGGAGGUCACGGCGCGCCGCGGGGAGCUGAAGAACCCCGGAAGUGCGGCUUCGCGACAGCCGCUUCAACACGCUAAUCUUAACCCUCUCAGGAGUGUUUUUUCUUUUCCUUUUUACGACGAUGCUUUUGAAUUACAGAUUCGAUGAGUGGAUGAUUUGAAAACUGCCUCACUAAUAAACUACCUCUAAAGCUAGUCCUGCAGUGACGAAUAUGAGCAGAUUAACUGGGUUAUCUGCAAUUUUUAAUUCUUUUAAAUCCACCCUUUAGCCUCGUAACCCUGAAAACGCCGUGUGAACAUGUUCCCAGGUGGCUGGAAGGAGGAAGAGAAUCCCGCGUAGCCAGUGCUGUACGUGGGUCUCAAGACGGAGCUGUGGCGGUUUUCUUGCGUCUGAUUUCCUAGUGCCUUUCGCGGCCUGUGCUCGUGUGCCACUGGUGACGGACUGACAACAGCUAAUGCAUUCUUUGAUCUGUGUGCGUGGAGGAAGGGGAACACGAAGCUUCUGCUAGUUCAUAGAAUUGGAUCAUCCUCUAAUAUUCUGUGUGAUUAGAUGCACUUAUUUCCUGAAAGUGCAAAUGUGUUUAUAUUUAAGGUGGGGAACAUAUUUCUCAUGCAGUAUAAUUUAUAUCUAAGCAUUAGUGGACCUCCUAGAAACGACUCAGUUGUCAUGUCGAUAAAGUAAAUUCUGGAAUUCUCUAACAUGAAAGUUGAAAAUUUCACUGGACUAAUUCUAGAAUUUUGGAAUUUGUAAUGGUUUAACAUCGGCUAAACUGACCUGAAGCUUUGUAUUUCUAUUAAAGACAAGAAGCUAAAUAUUAGAAUACAUCAGAUCAUAGAGAAAAAUUUUAAAUUAAGCCAAGUCUAAGUGAUUUCCACUUCAGGUCUCUACAGAUUUUUUUUAAGUUAACUUUAUUGUGUUAUAAUUUACAUACAAUAAAAUGUUCCCAUUUUGAGUAUAGAGUUCAGUGAGUCUUGAUAACUGGAUACACCCACAAAACCAAUGCCCCAACGAAGAUAUGGAACAUUUCCAUUACCCCAGAAACUUCUCGGUGCACCUGUGUAAUAAUAUCCUCUCACCUGUCCCCAGCUCAGGCAACCAUUGAUCGGAUUUCUGUUGCUACUGACAAGUUUUCUUUGUUCCAAAACAUUAUAGAAGUGGUAUCAUACACUGUGUACUCUUGUGAAUGGUUUCUUUCAUUCAGCAUAAUGCUUUUGAGAUUUAUCUGUGUCACUGUGUAAAUUAAUGGUUUGUUGCUUAUCGUAUGGUUAUACCACAAUUUGUUGUCCUCCUCCCUCACUUUUUGGAAUUACGAAUAAAUCUAUUAUGAACAUA